AUGGCAGCGCCCUCGCAUUCCCACGAUGGCUUCAACGCCCAGGAGCACGGCCACUCGCACGAGAUUCUCGACGGGCCGGGGAGCUACGUCGGCCGGGAGAUGCCCAUUGUUGAGGGGCGCAACUGGUCGGAGCGGGCCUUUACCAUUGGCAUCGGAGGACCCGUCGGCUCCGGCAAGACCGCCCUGAUGCUGGCGCUCUGCCUCGCCCUGCGCCAGAAAUACUCGCUCGCCGCCGUGACAAACGACAUCUUCACGCGCGAGGACGCAGAGUUCCUCACCCGCCACGCCGCCCUGCCGCCCGCGCGCAUCCGCGCCAUCGAGACGGGCGGCUGCCCGCACGCCGCCGUGCGCGAGGACAUCUCGGCCAACCUGGCCGCCCUCGAGGACCUGCACGCCGCCUUCGCCCCGGACCUGCUGCUCAUCGAGUCGGGCGGCGACAACCUGGCCGCCAACUACUCGCGCGAGCUCGCAGACUUCAUCGUCUAUGUCAUCGACGUCAGCGGCGGCGACAAGAUCCCCCGCAAGGGCGGGCCCGGCAUCACCCAGAGCGACUUGCUCGUCGUCAACAAGACGGACCUGGCCGCCAUCAUCGGCGCCGACCUCGCCGUCAUGGAGAGGGAUGCCCGCAAGAUGCGCGAGGGCGGGCCCACCGUCUUUGCCCAGGUCAAAAAGGACGUCGGCGUCGACCACAUUGUCAACUUGAUCCUGAGCGCGUGGAAGGCGAGCGGCGCCGAGGAAGAGAGACUCAGCAAGGGCGGUCCCCGGCCGACGGAUGGCUUGGAAGCCUUGGGCACGGCCGCCUGA